AUGCCUCCGCAAACCCGCGUCAGGUCCCGCUCGUCGGUCGAGCACAUCUUCGACCUGGUCGAGGGCCUCGACGAGGACCAGCUGCACAACCUGCUGGACGAGCUCAACAGCACGACCGACACCAACGUGCCCGUGUCCAAGGGCGUCGAGUACUUCGAGGAGCAGCGGCGGGCGCGGGCAGCGCAGAAGGUCCUGCGCCCGACGCCCUCCUUCCUCAACUCGCCGCACGAGCCCGUCGACUGGCCCCGCCAGAAGCCAAGGCCCGUCAGCGGCUCGCAGUGGCGCCAGAGCAUGCGCGUUGUGUCCACGCCCUACGGCCACCUUGGGAGGCACCAGACCGAGCCCAUCAGCCCUCCACUGACUGCCAGCCCGCCCUCGAGCCCGCCCCUCAGCCCGCCGAGUCACGGGAGCCCCCUCAGCCCCAGGCGCACCGUCACCACCCCGAUCCUGCCCAUGGAGAAGUCGGCUCGGCAAGGCGGAGAGAUCGAGUCGCUCCCGCUGCAGAAGAGGCCCGCCAGCCCGCCACGGCAGCACGACGACGAGGAGCACGACGGCACCGAGCGGGAGCACGAGUCGCGGCCGUCUCUGCACGAGUUCGGCGGCUUCACUUUCGGCUUCGACGGUGCGGCCCAGUCUGCCGACGCCGAGACACCACAGCAGCAGCAGCCAAACAAAGAAGUGCGGCCGGUCAGCCCGCUGUCGCCCUCGCAGCAACAAGAGCAAGACGCUCCCGCUCCUGCCCCACAACGCGCCGACUUCAGCCGGAUCAGCACCAUGCCCCUCCCAAGCCUCGCAGCGACAGACUCAGUGUUCGACCUGCCCCGGCCGCGGACGUCGACAGGCGACGCCGCCACCACCGCCAACACCUUCAAGCCGCGUGCCUUCCGCCGCAUCAGCAGGCCGCAGUUCCUCUCGCCCGCCAACAUCCCUACGCCAGAUGCCCUCGCCGAGCGCCUGUCACAGUACUUCUUCGACGGCCCAUCCUCGCCACCACCCCCAGCGGGCUUCUCCUCUCUCGCGGCGCCCCCGCCGUCGCGGCCGUCUGCUGAGAUGUCGAUGGAGCAGAUGCUCAAGGAGCCGGCGGCCCCGCCAAGCAAGCUCGUCCUCGGGCGGGUGGAGAAGGAGGUGCCGAGCGUAGGUAUCUUUGAGGUCCUGACAGAAGGCUAG